GAAUAUGCCACAGUCACGAUGAACCAAUUUGUUGCUAGAUUCUCUGCCUGCUCGGCAGAUAACUGCGAAGCUUCUAGUGUGAGAGGCAUGACUUGUCAGACUUGCAAGCAGCAUCUAUGUGUUCAACACCUGCGACCGGAAUUUCACGCAUGCGCGACAGCUGUUGAGGAAGAAUGGGUGUGCCGGGUCGAAGACGAGAUAUCGCAAAUUGUCAAUCGAAUCAACGUGCCAGAGUUGGAGAAGAGGGCAUCAACUCUCAAAGGAAAUGUUGCAUGCUCCUUCAAGCCCAGCAGUUAUCAUGACGCGAUAAUGGGGAAUGCUAACUAUCACGCCUGGCUAAUCUUCGACGAUGGAGACCAGUGGCUUGUACGUACCCCGAGAACGGUUUUCUGCGACAUCCCACACGACAUGGUCGAGUAUUUUAUUGCAAGUGAAUAUGCGACCCUCAAGUUCUUGGAGCCUACCAAAGUGCCUGCUCCUAAAGCUUUUGGAUUUGGACUUGCCUCAGACGAGGACAAUGCUGUUGGCGUGAGCUACCUGCUCACAGAGUGUCUUCCUGGCAAGCCUUUCAACAGUGACCUCUUAGGAGCGGAACCUCAGCAACAACAAAGCAUCCUCGCACAAUUUGCGGAGAUAUUGAUCGAAAUCUCAAGACAUCCUGUUCCGUUAGCAGGGUCGCUGAUCAUCAAAGACGGCCAAAACAGUGUCUCCAAGAUGGCGAGUAAUCGAUUUGUUCACCUCGAUCUAUCCGGACCUNUUUUGAGUACGUCUGACUACUUCACCGCUAUAUCUGAUCAACAUCUCGAUCUGGUUGCCGAUGGACAGGUCCACUCCCAACACCCUACCGAAGCAUUUGCAUUCUACUCGUUAGCACGCAAAGAAGCUCGUAACUUCAAUCGCUCAAGUACUGUCAACACAGAAAAAUUCUUUCUGAAACAUGUCGAUGACAAAGGAGACCACCUGCUACUAGACGAUCAAGGCAUCAUCACAGGCAUCAUAGACUGGCAAUUUGCUCGUUUUGUCCCCGCCAUGGAAGCAUUCGGCCCCUCAUACCUCACCGCCAACCUGAACUGGCUCUACUCGAGCAACAACGGAAUCACUGCUCUGGACAAGCAGCUUGCCGCAGAACUACGUCAACGAGGCGCAGAUAACCUCGCUGAAUACAUGGAGAGCAACGAGAUUGCAAGACGCUUCCAUCAUGGCCUUAGUGAGAAUCUGACACAGUCAGAGGCACGCGAAAUACUGAAGGCUUGGCGAAAGACCUUCGGCAAGGUCACACCAUCGGAUCUGGACCUACGGAUUGCCGAAACCUGCGACAAGGAUCCACGACGGGAGAGGGUACUACAACUUGCACAGUCUUGUAUGGAAGGAUAG